AUGGGAAUGCCUGGCAUUGGUAAAACAACACUAGGCAAUUCAAUAUAUGAAAAUCCUUUGGUUCCCUUAUGCUUUCAUGCUCAUGCAAGGUGUCACGUCAGUCAUGCAUAUGAAAAGAGAAGACUGUUGCUUGAAAUUUUACAGCUAGUUUGUGGGGAAACUGACCAAGUAUGGAAAAUGGAGGAUGAAGAUUUAGCUCUAAAGUUGUAUCAAAGUCUCAAGGGCAAGAAGUAUUUCAUCUUCUUGGAUGAUUUGUGGGAUAUUAAACCAUGGAAUGAUAUAAAAGCCUCUUUCCCAGAUGAUGAGAGAGGUAGUAGAAUUAUGUUCACAAGCAGAUUUCAACAUAUUGCUUUGGAAACUGGAUGCAUGAGCGUUACUUACCCUUUCAAUCCAAUAUCAGAAUCUAGGACCUGGGAAUUGCUGCAAGUCAAGCUAUUUGGAAAAGAAAGAUGCCCUCAAGAACUUCUCGAAGUUGGACAGAAAAUUGCAGCAGAAUGCUGA